AUGCUCUUUCGAUGGAAUCAGACCUUUGAGGCACAACUUGGACCAUUUUGCCAAUCUCUCAACAGCGAUGGAAAGACCGGCUUCCAUUUCACCCAGGGAGACAUCCCAGUUAAGAAGUUACCUGCCGACUUCGAAGGGUUCUUCGGACCCCCGCCCAACUACAGUUUUGUCGAAGUCAACUUGGCAACCACGGCAUUCAACAUUCGCGAGUUCCCGACGCGCGAAACCCCCGAGGAGACGAUGCGUCUUGUAAUUGAGAUGCUCCGCGACCCGCGGCCAUCGAACAUCCCGGCCGUCAUGGAUCGGUUGAUUGGCAUCCUGGACAGCGAGGGGGAUAUUGAUGGCGUGAUUGGAUACUCCGAGGGGGCGGUCAUGGCGACGACGCUUCUGUUUGAGGAGGCGCGGCGGCAGAGAGAAACUGGCCGCGAGCCUCGCAUCAAAUGCGCGGUGUUGGUCUGUGGAUGGCCGCCUAUGGAUCCGGUUACGGGGCAAACAAUGUUGACCGAUCAGUUCCCCGAUGAAGUCAUCUCCAUCCCGGCGUGUCACGUGGUGGGCGGCCAGGACCCCUUUCUGGAUGCCUCGAUGGCGCUAUACAAUUUCUGGGAUCCUGAUCAGGCCGAGAUCUUUGAUCAUGGCGGUGGUCAUGCUGUUCCUCGAGAGAUGGGGACUUGUCGGGAAAUCGCCGAGGUCGUUCGGGGCCUGAUGUCGGAGAUGGAAAGUAGUUAG